UUUUAUUUUGAAAAGCGCUAAGUAAGCAAGUGUUUGACCCUCACCUAAGCUAAUGAGUUUGCCUGCUUGCAUGAUUCAGAAUUUCCCUUAUUUUUUGAGUAAUGCUGGCACGGUACUGGUUUAACUUUGCACCUUAAGAUCUCCUAGAUGGCUUCCCCCUUCUCAAGUUACCUCUAUGACCAUACUUAUUUGGGAGUCCAGCACGUGCUUUCAUAAUACUCGGUAGUAAGCCUCAGAAUAGCUCAAUGUUGGCUAUGUUCAGGACAUAAUUACCAAAGAUCCUUCCCUCUGCCCUCUUCACUCACCUCCUGAUGUUUACCUGUUUAACAACUAACUUUCGAUCGCUUACGGUAGUAUAGUUGUCCGAAUGCCUGUUGGAGUGUGCGUCCCGCUAUUUGUUGUUGUGUGUAUCUUGGUCUGCGUAUGUCUCUUGCUCCCGUCGGUGCCUGACAGUCCAUGUCCUGUACUUGUGCAGCAUAAGCUGAAGUCAUCGCAGCGGGACAAGGUUCGGCAGUUCAUGUCGUUCACCCAGGCGGGGGAGAAGACGGCCGUGUACUGCCUCACUCAGAAUGACUGGAAACUAGAGGUUGCUACAGACAACUACUUCCAGAACCCUGAUCUCUACUGUAAGGAGUCAAUGAAAUCCUCUGUGGACAGGAAAAAGUUGGAACACCUCUACAACCGGUACAAAGAUCCCCAGGACGAAAACAAGAUCGGGAUAGACGGCGUUCAGCAGUUUUGCGAUGACCUCUCUCUCGACCCCGCCAGCAUCACGGUGCUGGUCGUGGCGUGGAAGUUCCGGGCCGCCACCCAGUGCGAGUUUAGCAAGAAAGAGUUCAUGGAUGGCAUGACGGAGCUCGGGUGUGACAGCCCAGAGAAGUUGAAGGCCCUUUUGCCAAGACUGGAACAGGAACUUAAAGACUGUGGAAAGUUUAAAGACUUCUACCAGUUCACUUUUAACUUUGCUAAAAAUCCUGGCCAAAAGGGACUAGAUUUGGAGAUGGCUGUGGCUUACUGGAACCUGGUUCUAACGGGGCGUUUUAAGUUCUUGGACCUAUGGAAUAGAUUCCUGUUGGAACACCAUAAAAGAUCAAUCCCAAAGGACACGUGGAACUUAUUAUUGGACUUUGGAAACAUGAUUUCAGACGACAUGUCAAAUUAUGAUGAGGAGGGAGCGUGGCCGGUACUCAUAGACGAUUUUGUGGAAUUUGCACGACCUAUUGUGACGGGAUCAAAGCGUAAAACUCUCUAAAACUCUGAAAUUCAAAUAUUGUGGAAUACCUGAACUUUUUUCUCUCUCAAGUGACUUCAGAGUAGUUUUUUUUUUUUUUUUUUACUUGUUUAAUAAAAAAAAGGUAGACUUCAGAGAGUGAGAGAAAGAAACUAAAGACAGCCGAAGCACUUGGAACUCUUAAGAACACCGCCUAGCCGGGAGCUGAGCAAUAACAACAACAACAACAACAACAGGCUUCAUUGCUCUUCUGACAACGAUUGAGGUGUCAAAUUGACAAUUGCCAUUUUGCCUCUGCCACUCCCAUCGGAGCUGCUCUUUCUGGGACACCUUUCCCCCCCCCCCCCGCCCAAAAUCGCCCUCCAAGAGGAGCGCAGUUCCGCUCGGCACAGCCUCGACCUCAGAGGGGGUGGGGGCUGACGGAGGAGUAGGAGGAAGAGGAGGAGGAGGAGCAGCACUAAGGAGGACUCCACUGGCCACCUCUGUACAUAGAACGGACUGGAGAGGAGGAGCAUUCGCUGUGUUUUGAGGUCUGCGUUGGGUUUUGUCUGGCUGUACAGUUUUAAGUGCUGUGGAUCAUGAUCCCUGUGUGUUCUAAGCUCACACGUCCCCGCGGGGGGAAAGAGUGCUCGCUACACCAGCACCAACACAACUGAUGUGUAAAUACUGUACCUACGGAGACAGUUUACAAAGAAUUAUAUGAAGAAUAAUAUAAAUAUGUUACAUUUAUAAACGCAAGGGAGGAUUGAUUUGUGUACAGCGUGUGCUCUCUUGCCGGAUGCCUCCAGUAUCACCUGAAUGAUAUGAUGGUAUAGCUGUCAGCUUGGGUCUUUCAAUUUCAUGAAAUAGUUGAGCGGAUUAUCGAAAGCAUGAGAAACAACAUUAUUGGUUAAAUUAUGUUGGGUUUCAAUAAUAAAUUUGUAAUUUAAGUAAAGCUUGUGCUUCGAUUUAAAGAAUUUUGUUGUUCACAGGAUUUCAAAAAGUACCAAUUGAUUACUUUGCUGUGAUCUUGAUAAUUAUCACUGAGUGUAUUCUGCUCUUAUCCGAUUGUAUAUUUAUGUGCGUAUAUUUCAAAUGAAAUGAUUAUUAAAAAAAAUGAUAAGAUAAUAUCCAUUUACAAAACCUGUCCCUCGUUUACUAUUGAGGUACAACAUUUAGGAAGGCAAAGUCUUUUAAUGUAAUGUCUAUAGUCGUUCAACUACAACUUGCAUCUGCUCCUCUUAUUUACUUUCUAAUUUUUGGUUAAGAAUGCUGCAUUGCUUAGACUCCCUCCAAAACAAUUAAAUAAAAACAACCUGCAUCGAG